AUGAAGGUCCUCACGUGCAAUGUCGGUGGCGAAUGGUCUGGCAAAGCGCCGCAAUGUCGAUUUGUUGACUGCGGGGCUCCGGCCCAAAUCGAGUUUGGAACCAUUGUUCUAAUUAACGGUACGACCACGGUAAGCAGCUUAGCUGUAUACACAUGUCAACAGGAUUAUUGGUUGGUAGGCGAAGGAAAGCAAGAGUGCACCAAAGAGGGCAAGUGGAGUCACGAUACACCAUCAUGCGAGCUAAUAACAUGUGAAGAACCAGAAGUGCCCACCGGAGGAUACGUAGUAGGAUAUGAUUUAAACGUUCACAGUGUUAUCGAAUAUCACUGCGACGUGGGCUAUUUGCUUCACGGAGAAGCGAGACAUUCGUGUGGCAAAGACGGCGAAUGGACGGGAGAAGUUCCGAUCUGCGAGUAUAUCAACUGUGGCAAGGUUCUUCCAAUUUUAAAUGGUGCAGUGGACUACGCGAACGAUACGACUCAUCUUGGCAGCGAAAUCACGUAUAGUUGUACAAGGAAUUACAGACUGAAUGGAAUUUCGAGGAGAUACUGCCUCGAUAAUGGUCAAUGGAGUGACGCUACUCCGAAAUGCGAAGAAAUUCGUUGCCCGGAGCCCGUAUUGGCGGAACAUGGAAUUCUCUCGGUUACUGGAAAUGAUCGAAUGUACGGAAGAACAUUGAUUCGCACGGGAACCGCGGAGAAUUCGAACACGGGCGCGACUUCAUACAAGAUUGGGGCCCUGGCGAAGUAUAGAUGCGAAAGAGGAUACAAAGUAGUUGGAGAACCUUUAUCUACCUGCGAGGAGAAUGGAAAGUGGAGUGGCGAAGUACCACAAUGCGUCUAUGUCGAUUGUGGUAAACCCGAACACAUUCAACAUGGACGUUAUACAUUGACAUCGAAUGCAACGUAUUAUGGAGCAGCUGCACUUUAUGAGUGCGAUGGCAAUUUUGAGUUAGAUGGAUUUGCUAGAAGAUUAUGUCUUGAAAAUGGCACUUGGAGCAGUGAUACCCCCGUUUGUAAAGAAAUACGGUGUAGAGAUCCGGAGAAAAUUGGUGUGCUAUCAACGCAAGUGUCGACUCAUAGUGUAGGUGGUGUAGCACAUUAUAGUUGUCCACGUGGGUUUUAUAUGGAGGGAAACGAAACUAGAAUCUGUUUGCAAAGUGGAUCUUGGAGUGGAACAACGCCUGCUUGUUUUUGUAUGGAAUGUCUCAAUUAA